AUGGCGUCGUCUAUGGGGAAACUGGGGAGAGCAGCCUCUCGUCUAUUGGCGGCUACUAGCGCCCCGAUUAUACCGCAAAACAGGAGUAUGGUUCACAAGAGCGUUUUGAAACUUCCUCCUGAUUAUCCAGAUCCAUGGCCAUAUAAAGAGAAGGGAUUUCACAGCAUUGACAUGAUUAAAGAUCGAACCAAACCCCACUUCCAUCAAAAUUCGAAACUUAUUGUGGUCGAAGGAAACAUUGGCGCCGGAAAGAGUAAAUUGUCCGCUGAACUUGCUGACCAUCUUGGACUGUACUACAUGCCUGAGUUCAAAAUGGAAGAUGUCCUCAUUGAUCGCUAUGGAAACGACUUGAGAAACUUCUAUCACCUGUUUCCUGAGAGUUUUCGGAUGCCUGACAUGGACAUGUUUUAUAAAAACCCUAUGAGCGAUAUGACAGCCAAAAUGCAACAACGCAUAUUCGAAUGUCGUUUCGAUCAGUACUUAAACGCAGUGGCUCACAUUCUUAAUACAGAUUUCAAGCAUUACUACUACGUGCGCAAGUCCGCAGUCAAACAGCUGCACUUUUGGCCUCACCUUGUCGUAUAUCUUGAUACUCCUGUACAAAAAUGCUUGGAAAAUGUAAGGUCUCGCGGAAAUCCCAAUGAGAUCGCCGCAGUGGACGAACGUUAUUUGAAGACUAUAGAGGAGUCGUAUAAGGAUUCUCUCAAGGAGUACAGGAGACAUUCAAAGAUUUUGGCCUAUGAUUGGUCGCGUCCUGGCGAUGCUGACACAGUAGUUGAAGAUAUUGAACGAUUAGAUUUUGAUUUCUUCGAAUGGCACUCUGGAGAUGUGAUGGAAGAGUGGUUUACGGUAUUAGAUGAAGUUGGUUGGACAGGAUGGCGGGAACAUGUUACCUCAAAGUUGGAUGCUCGCCAAUACGCAUUUGAUGGGCAUUUGCAACACGAAGUUGGAGAGCUUUAUAUUAAUCCACGCGACGCUGGCCACUUCAUGCACGUUAUGCGCAAAGAGGUCCUGAAAUCCCCACAUGGCUAUGGUUACAUUAAGGAGAGAGGAGAUCCUGUGGCGGGAUUGUUUAACUGGCGACUUGACCAUGUUCUUCCAGAACCAUGGUUCGAGUACUACUACAAAGAACUUUAUUUCGACGGCAUGUCUUCAAUGGAAACGUCGUUAGAUCCUUAUUCGGAUUCGUAUGAUCCAGACUACGUCCAUCAUCAUCAUUGA